AUGCACGUGGUCGGAUUGGGUCUCGGCUCCUGGCUUCUGAGUCCUGCUCAAGUACAACUAUAUCUCGAUUCUUUCGGAGAGGUUUUGCAGGAACUCCCAUUAGCUCACGUGGCGGACGUGCACUUCAGUUGGAUUCCGGGCAAUGACGUGGCUGGAAUCCGUAGCGGAGAAUACACGCGAUACGGAGUGAAGGUGCACCUCUCGAAACGCAACGCUCAGGAGAAACUCAAGGGCGAGAACGACGGAAAACUCCUAGUCGUCUCGUACGCCUGGAACGGUAACGCCUUCCCAGGGAACGAUUACUGGAUGGGAGUUCUGAGUGGCACUGGGGAUCCUGCCGCUGCCUACAGUUCGCUCAUUCCUCAGCUGCAUAAUCCACUCGUGAACCAGUUUGUGGACGGGAAGCACGCGGUUGUUCUUUCCCCCUCCCCCGAGUCACACGAACCCGACUUCAUUCAGUGCCAGUUGUUUUUGUCUCUUCCACUCGAGAGGGAAAUGUCACCUGGCUCUUUGGCUCCAGUCUUCUCGAGGAUCUUCAACUUCCACGCGGAUCUCCAGCAAACUCUCCGACUCGUCCACACCAUCGAGGCCGGAGAAGAUGACUUGGAGGCCGUCGGACGACCACGAUUACUACCAGGCCUGGCCCGACGAGGUAAACUCAACGUGUCUCGGUAAACCCCGUAACGAGCCUCAUCCUCCUCCCAUCCGAUCCGAUCGCCUUAUUGACGCCGCCGGAGAUAUAACAAGAGUGUCAGGAAUCGAUUCACCCCCGG